AUGGAAGCUGAAUCUGAAGUACUAAAAAAACUAAUAAACAAUACUAAAUAUAAGUUAUUUAAUGUAGUGUAUUUAAUAUUGAAGAGACAAUAGUAUCCUCUAAACGUAGCAAUUAUAUCAACUAUUAUAUAAAUGGCAUAGCUUCUUUAUUUUUCAUUUCAAGAAUAGAUCCGAUAUGUUUGGAGUUCUGAAAAUUCGACAAAAUGGGUAAAUUACAUUUUGGAAUUUUUUACUUUAAUGAAAUAUGCAGAAAAUACAAGCUUCACUAUAUAUUUACUUGUGUUUUACAUAUGUGUGGCAAUAGUUUAGAUUACAGUCAUAUUGAUUGUCCUUUUAGCAGUUUUGGAGAAUAAUCACACAGCGACAUCGAUUCCAUAUCAAAUAUUAAGAGUAACUUUACCAAUACUAAUGACAAUAGGUUUCGAACCAAUUUCAAGGAUUUUAGUUGGAUAUUUAUCAUGUGAAUCAGAUGAUAGUGGCAUUGUCAUGAUGAGAUAUAUUUCAAGUCAAUAAUGUUGGGUUGGUGAGUAUGAAUUGCAUGCAGUAAUUGCAAUUCUUACAUCCGUUGAAUACUUGAUUCUGGUGAUCAUAUUUGCCUAGAUAUGCAUAGAAUCCAAAGAAGUUGAAUAGAAUGCACUAGCAUAAAGACAAGGCCAAACAAUGCUCUUUUAUUAUUUGUUUGUAAUAAUGUCUCUGGCCGCAUAUUCAACUUUGCAAGAACCAAAAUUUACUGUAAUAGUGAUCUUGGUUUAAUUGUCUACUUCAUAUGUAUUCUUCUAUAAAGUCAACAAUCACUGUCCCUUUUACAAUUCAAAUAUAUAAAAGAUAUGGUCAAUAACAGCAGGAAUCAAUUUUUGGACUUAGUUUAUGAUGCUGUAUGCUUACACUUUGGAAGGAUAAUUUAUAUCAAAGACAUUCACAAUUUGGCUAUUUGGUGUUCCAUUCAUAUUUGCAAUUUUGGCAAUGAAGGAGUUAAGCUAUGUAGAUUUGGUCACUGCCUGUAUGAAAUCCACAGAAAAUGGAAUAGAAACUGUUGAGAUUUGCACAUACAUUUUAGCAUUGAACACUCAAAGUGAAACUAAUUAAAAGUCGUAGAUACUGCUGGCAGGUUUCAUAGAAUUUCAUAAAUAAUCUUGCAGUAAACCUGAUUGUGUUUUAUUGUCGAAUCAUAAGAAGAAAAACAAAAGUGUGAAUGUAUUUAAAGAUAGAAAGUAACAGAUUAUUUAACUGGUAAAUUAAAGUUAUUUGGAUGGUUUAGAACAAUUCCCAGAAUGUUCAGAUCUUAAAAUAUCAUAUGCGUAUUUUCUAUUGGAUAAGAUGUAACUUAAGCAAUAAGCACUAAAUCAACUGAAUUUGGCAGAAAGUUGCGAUCCAAGUUUUGAUCAAUAAUUCUUCAUUUAUAGAUACAAGAGAAUCAUAGAAGAGGAGAUUUAGAAGCAAUAAUAAUAGCAUAGCAAUAACAAGAAGAACGUUGAUAUAAUCACUGAGAAAACUCUAAAAUCUGAAAUCAAAAAUCUUCAUUACUUAAUUGAAGACUCGUGUAUGGAAUAUUUAUACUUUUGGUCUCAAUUGCAGGAAGAAGUUCCAAAUCUCAGAGUGUUACAUGAACAUGGAUAGAAAAUAAUAAAGUCAGUGGAGAAGGUAGAACAGUAAUGGAAUAAAAUCUUAGAGAUCGACUCCUAUGAGAUUAAUACUUAUAGACUAUUGAGUAAAUAUUACGAAAUGAUUGUGCAUGAUGAGUAAAUUGCUUUGGAUCUAUUAUUGCAGAUGAUUAAGAAAUAAAAAUACAAUACCAAAGGAAAUGAAUUCUUUGAGGAUCUCUCUAGUAAUGGAGAUCCACUAAUUGUGAUGUAAGUAUCGGUAGGACAUCCAACCGUUAUUUUGAAUGUAAAUAAAGCAGCCUAUAGUUUACUGGGUUUCUCAAAAACAGAUUUAAUCAAUCGUAAUAUAGAUGUUAUACUACCAUCCAUUUAUGUAGAUUACCAUAUUUAAUUAGUCGAUUUCAUCUUUGAAAAACAGUCUGUUGAUGUCAAUUAGAUCAAUAAAUUUGAUGAGAGACUUAUGAUGCUCAAAAAUAAGCAGAACUUUAUCAUUCCUUGUUAUUCCCAAUCCUAAAUCAUGAAUACCAUCAAUGGAUAUAUCAUGACAAGUAGAUUGAGGCAGGAUGUUCACUAUAAACCCAAAUGCUAUAUAUUAACUGAUAUCCAUGGAAAAAUCUUGAAUGUUACAUCUUCAUGCCUUCAAAUAUUGAAAUGGGAUUAGAAAUUCCUUCACUUGAAUGAUUUCAACGUCCAGAAAUUCUUUCCUGAAUUAUUGUUGAAUAGAGAAGACUACAUCAGUAAACCAACACUUAUAAACUAUUAAUUCCUGUUCACUUCCUCAAGAGGAUCCUUAUCAAAAGACGAUUCCUUUGAUGGAGUUGAAGAUAAAACAUUUAAUUGUUCUCUCUUCCUUAUUGAAACACCCUAUGCUAAUCAAAAUGAUGAUUUAUAUCAGAUUUAUGGCUAUAUUGUUAAAUUGGAAUAAUACAAUACUGACAUAAUCCAAUACCCUUUAUUGGUUAAGAAUAAGAAACUCUCUAAAGUAUUUAAAUUUUAUGUUGCUUCCAAAACCUAUCAAUUGGAAAAUGCAGAUCUUGAUCACACAAAUAAUGACUCUUUGAUUGACAAAAGUAUUAUUUGGGAAGAACCUUAAAAAUUAUACUUAUUUAGCCAACAUAGCAAUACAAGUAGUAAGAAAGUAUAUUCUUAAUCCAAACAUUCCUUAUUAAAAUAGAGAAUAUACGGAGCUGAUAUUAAGACGAUGAGAUAUUUUGACAAUAAAAUUAUUGAAAUCGAAGAGGAUUCAAUGGAUGAGAGCGAGUUUUCUGAGAAAAAAUAAAAUAAAUUAAAUGGAGAAGAUGAAAACGAAUUGGAUAAAUAGACUAAAGUUGAAUAGAGAAGUUUGUAAAUAUCUUCCAGAACUGGAUUAAUCAAAGUAAUCAAUAAUUCUAAACUACCUUUAAUUAUGUUAAAAUUAGGAAUAUGUAUCAGUUUGUUAUUCUUAUCUGUUCUAAUAGUAUCCAUCGCAAUGUUUAUAUUGCUUAAUCAAACCUAAGAAAAUAUUGUGCAAGCCUUAAAGUUAUUAAUUGCUAACAAUCUCAGAUUAUGCAGUUUCAUUAAAAUGCAGUCCAAUCUAUAAGAUCUUAAAUUCACUAACUUUGAGAUCUUACCUUUUACUUAAUAAACCGUACAUGGUGUUUUUGAGACUAUUAACAGAUAAGAACUCGCAACAGAAUUAAAUUAUACUAUGGAUUAUUAAACAACUUUAUAGGAUGAAGAAAUUAAUUUGGUUGGAGAGUAUGAAUAUUAUCAGAAUGCUUUCAAAAAUACAAGGAUUACUAUGAAAUAAGUUACUGGAGAGACCUAGAGUUUCUUAUUUGAAUAGGUGAUUUAAUAACUAAUAUCUAAAGCGAUUUCAUUAAAUUCAAGCAGUUUAACGAGUUUUAAUGACUCGAAUGAAGAUUAUUAUUAUUUUAGUGAGAACCUCUUUAAUUCGGUUCUAAUGAAUCAGCAUCUGGCUCAAGAUUAUUACUAUUACAAUAUUAUUUACUAGACUGAUCUAUUGGAUCAACAAUAAGUCUAUUUCUCAUUAACACAAUUGUUUGUGACAGUGUUCACAUACUGUAUCAUCUAGAUAUUCUUGAAUAAACAUUAAAAUUAUUUACGAGAGAUCUUAUCUUUAUUUAUGGAAUUAGAUGAAAAGACUGUUAAGAAGUUUGUGAAGAAUAGUUAAGAAUUUUUAAGUGCCUUACGUCUAGCUGAGGAUAAACAAUUGGAUGAGAUAGAGGAAGAAUAAGAAGUCGAAGAAGAUCAUUUCGAUAUGUCUUCUUUUAAUAAAAAGAAAAAGAAGAAGCAAAACUUUUCAACUACAGAAGUUAAGAAGAACAUUAUUUAUGUCUCCAUGGUUUUGAUAUGCUACGCUUUCUUUUUUUCUUAUACUUUCAUUUCCACCAAUACAAUAAUUUCUUAGACUGAAUAAUUGGCUCCUUUGCUGAACAUCACAUCAAUAGCAGCUUCCUAAUACAGUUUAAUUGACAACAUAAUGAGAGAAGCCUUCUGGAACCAAUCCAAAGUUAUUUUGGAUUUGAACGCUUUCACAGCCUUAUCGUAUAUGUAGAAUGUACUGUAUGAGAUGGAUGCUGAAUCUCAUCAGUUGAAUCAGUAAAACUCAGAUAUUUUGGAUGAAGUUUAUAAGGUGGCUUUCAAUUAGAUUUAUAUUCUGAAUCCAUGUCUUAUUAUAGACGAAUCCUAUGAUGAAUCAAGCUCUUGCUCCUAUUUUGAUUAGGGGAUUCUUUUAUAAGGAUUAUCUUUGGGAGUGACUAAAUUCUUGGAGACGAUUAAAUAUUAUUUAUCUGUCUUAAAAGCUUUUGACCCAUAGUAUGAAUACACAUAUUUAACUUACAAUCUAUCGACAGACCCUAAAUUAAAUUAUACUUAUAAUCUGCUUAACGAGGAUGGCCUAAAUUCAAAUAGAAUCUUCACAAAGGUGUACAUGAAACAGCUGUAGAUUUAUCUGACUAAUAUAUUGCAAAGUUCAUUAAAUAGCCAUUUCGAAGACCUACAAUUACAGUUUAUUUCAACAUUCCUUAGCUUCUUAUUGUUAUCUAUAGUCUUGUACUUUCUGAUGUGGAUUCCUCGACUAUAAAAGAAUCAAAAAGAAGUUUACCAAAAUAGAUUAAUGUUAUCAUUCAUUCCAGUAAAGAAAUUAGAUCAGAUAGAGCCAAUAAAAAAUUAUAUCAAAAAAUAUCAAUAACAAGAAUGA